CUCCUCCCUGUGGAAACAUCCUCCACUGUGUUCUUUGACGGCUGUUAUCGUAGCUUCGGUGAGUGAGGAAGCAAAGUAGAACAAGUCUUUCAACUUUUCAUUCCCCGUCAGCUGCUGCGUGUCGCCUUUACGUGGGUGCCCUUUAAGGGAAGGCGUGGCAUCUUUUUGCAUUUUAACAUAGCUUCGAUGCGGAAGUCUAACAAGACGUUACAAGUUUCUGACAAAAGCUUUUCAAGAACAGGACUAUUUCUGUGACUUGUACUUAUCUGCUGAUCAAGCUAAAGCACAACCCAUGUGGCCAAAUCAAGGUCCUCCUCCCCCUCCAGUGGGUCAACAAAAUCCUGCAUUCCCUCCUGGAUACAGUGCUCCAUAUUUAUCUGCCCCUGGACCUGGGGUUUACCCCCAGGCUCCAUAUCCUGCUUACUCUGGAUACCCUACAGCCCAGUAUCCUCCAGGCCACUACUCCGCUCCUGUGAGCCCAGCCAUGAUCCACCAUGGACCUCCAGGACCGAUGCCCCAUGGACCUCCAGGGGUAAUGCCCUAUGGACCUCCUGGACCAUAUGCAUAUCCCAUGCAUCCUGCGGGACAUUCUUGCCAUCCCAAAGGUGUUCAUUUGGGUCACCUCCUGCACUUCCCAAAAGGUUUUGGUCAUGGCCCACACAAAGGUCAUCAUCAUCAUCAUCACCAUGAUGGGUUUAACCCUUCAGCUGGAAUAUUAGCUGGAGGAAUGGCAGUGGGAAUGGGCUUACUUUCUCACAAAGCUAAUAAGAAAAUGAGGAAAAAGAUGAAGAAGGCUCAUAAAUAUGGCCACUACAAGCAUGGCAAGUGGUCCAGCAGCAGCAGCAGCAGCGACUCAGAUUGAGGCCUUCAGAGAACGAAUCAUCCAAUACUCCAACUAAUUCAACUAAAAUCACUGCACAAGUACAUUGUGUUAUAAUAUCAGUUACAGUGCAUUUCUGACAUUUGAAGUCACACAAGAUAUUUCUUCCAGGGUCUAAACUUAAAUUUCAGUCGGUGUGUACCAUUGAAAUAAAGGAAUUUGGCAUAUGGAUUUGUUUGCUACUGCUAUUUUUUGUUUUGCUUUUAGUUUCAUUAGUGUAAAUGCAAAAAUACAAGACAUAAGAUAUAAAGUUGCCUUUUACUUGAAUUUGUAAAUAUAUUCAAUAGUAACGGGUAGGAUACAGAGUAUAGUAUAAUGUCAUGUUGAGUAUUAAGAAGGUAUAGUUUUUUUUUCUUGUAUUUCUAUUCUAAUUUCUUUGAAAACUUAUUCAAAUAUUUUAAAAUGUUACUCCAUAAUUGGAUGUACAGUCAUACUCAUUACAGAUUCACAUUUUGUGUUGUUACAGUCACAAACUGAUGUGUGUUUUGUUGUAAUUUUGUGUAAAUAAUACAAUAAAACUAAAAUCUAUAAA